AUGGCAGUGGCCUCGAAGGCUGACGCCUACACGGAGCGAUGGGAGGAGUGGCAGGGCCGGCCCAACUGCGAAAUACCAGCAGACCUGCGCUGCUUGCUGGUGGCGAGGGUGGCCUUGGGGGAGGUCUUCGAGCUGCGGGAGGCGGACAGCUCCCUGCGCCGGCCCCCGGUCGCGGGGGAGCUGCGCUGCGACUCCGUGCUAGGGGUGCCUCGGCACCGGGGGGGCUGCGUUGACUAUGACGAGUUCGUCAUCUACAAGCAGGCCCAAGCCACGCCCGCGGCCCUGGUGCGACUGGAGGGGUGGUCGGAGGGUGUUGACUUCCUCAGAUGGUCCCCGAGGCCGCAGUUCAUCGUGGAUUACAAGCACACUGAUCGGGUGCUCCGACUGGUGGAAGAGGCGCUCCUCUCGGAGUCCAGCUCCAGCAGCAACGGCUUCGUGCCCAAGUCGGAGAUGUCGGUGCAGAGCAUGGUGCAGGAGGUCGAGCGCGCCGCGUCGAUGUCUGCGUAUCCGCAGUUCUGGACUGAGGCGGCGAAAACAUUGAAGACCAGGGACGGCGGGGAGAUGCUUGCACUAGAGGACGUGACGAGUCUUUUGCUGUCCUGGCUGCAAGACGCCACUAUGUGGGAGCACGAGAGGGACGCGCCGCCCCCGCCGCCAAAGGCGGCGAAGGGCCUGCCCGUGCUACUCCACGUCUACGACGUGUCUCAGGAGGAAAGCAUCCAGAAGCUCAAUAAGGUCUUAGCUCACAAGCACUUCCCUUUGAAGUUCGGCGGUGUCUUCCACGCCGGUGUGGAGGUGAACGGCCUCGAGUGGUGCUUCGGCUUCUCCGCCAGCGAGACCCACCCGGGCGUUUGCUGUGUCGAGCCCAAGUCCCACCCGCAGCACCACUACCGGCAGACGGUGGAGAUGGGCUAUACGCGGCGUGAGCCGGAGGAGAUUGCAGACAUCGUCACUCAGCUCCUUGAGGAGUAUCCCGGCGACGACUACGACCUGCUGCGACGGAACUGCUGCCACUUUGCGGACGACUUCACCAGGCGACUUGGGGUGGGCAGCAUCCCAGGCUGGGUUAUGCGCCUGGCCCGGGUGGGCGCGGGGGUGGAUGCAAUGAUCCAGUCCGCGCCAAAGCCCAUCCGGCAGCGGCUCGGCUACUUCCAGGGCUCAGACAGCGACUAA